GUGCGUUUGUUUUCAUGAUCUCAUCCAUAUCAAAGCGUUAAAAUGGUGCGAAAACUAAAAUUUCACGAGCAGAAAUUGCUCAAGAAAGUAGAUUUUAUAUCAUGGAAAGUGGACAAUAACUUGAACGAGGUGAAAGUGAUGAAGAAAUACUAUGUUCAGAAGCGAGAAGAUUACACAAAGUAUAACAAGCUUUCUCGAGAAAUCCGUGAGAUAGCGAACAAAAUCAAAGACCUAGACGCAACGGCAGAGUUUCGCACGGAGGCGAGCGCACAGUUACUGGAGAAGCUGUACCAGAUGGGGCUGAUCCCGACGCGCUGGGACCUGGCGCUGGCCACCAACGUGUCCGCCAGCUCCUUCUGCCGGCGGCGGCUGCCCGUCGUCAUGUGUAGAAAUAAAAUGUCAGAGAACCUGAAAGAGGCCACCAAGCUGAUUGAGCAGGGGCAUGUGCGUGUAGGCCCAGAGGUGGUGAAGGACCCCGCGUUCCUGGUCAACCGGUCACUGGAGGACUUCGUCACGUGGGUGGACGGCUCCGCCAUCAAGCGGCAUGUUAUGGAGUAUAAUGAUAUGCGGGAUGAUUUUGAUCUUCUUUGAGGAUACUACAAGCGAGGACAAGAUAUUCUUAGGUUAUAAUUAAUCAUUACCAAUUUAGUUUUUAGAUACUGUAACAUUAUAUA